AAGAAUAAGGAAGUCAUUUGCAUGUUAUUUAAAGAUAAGAAACAGCUGCAUAAACUGGAUAAGCUGAAAGGAUAGUGUGACAUCCAAGGAACACCAUGGAGGAACAAACUGCAGACAUAGAGGUGACUGUGAAAACAUUGGACUCACAGAGCAGAACCUACACUGUCGGUGCUCAGUUGACAGUGAAAGAGUUCAAGGAGCACAUUGCCCCUUCAGUGGGUAUCCCUGUGGACAAACAGAGACUGAUCUACCAGGGCAGGGUCUUACAGGAUGAAAGGACUCUGGCAGACUACAAUGUUGGUGGCAAGGUGAUCCACCUUGUGGAGCGGGCGCCACCUCCACCCUCCCAGCCUGGCUCAGGGUCAGGAGGCACUUCAGCUGACAGUGGGGCCUCCUCAUCCUCCCAGGGAACAUCACAAGUGCCUGCACAUGAUCGCAACGCUAACAGCUAUGUUAUGCUCGGCACCUUUAACCUCCCUGUCAACAUCAUGGACCCCCAGCAAAUACAGAUGUCAGUUCAGCAGAUGGUGUCCGGCAUGGGAGAGAAUGCCAGGAAUGCCAGAGUCACAACCAGCACUGGGAGCAAUGGGUCCGUGAAUGUACACAUUGAUAUGGACCAACCAGUGCAGAGUGAGCCAAGGCUGAGGCUGGUGCUAGCCGAGAACCUGCUGAGGGACAUCAAUGAGGUCAUCCAAAGAAUGGAGGGUCGGCCGGGCGACUCAUCCUCCCAAACAGAGACAACCUCUGCCGCUGCUCCCCCUCCUCCCUCGUCUUCGUCUACCACCUCCACCCCCUCUCCCUCUGCUCAGCCCAUGGACACCUCCCCACCUCCAACAACUCCCCCGCCUCCACCCACCUCUUCAGCACCAUCUGAGGGACCAACGCCCCAACCUGGACCCAAUCAUCCCAGCCCAGCCGAGCUGGCAGAGAUGUUGUCUGAGCUACGGAGGGUGGAGGAGAGACUGCAGCCCUUCAUCCAGAGAGCUCACACCAUCCUGGAGACGGCCACCACCGCAGAAUACAACAAUAAUACAGAGAGAGAGGAGGACCAGCGCACUCUCAUCCUUACAUGGGAGUGUCUCCGUCUCCUUGGUAACGCCCUUGUGGCCCUCAGUGACCUGCGAUUGAACCUCAUGAGCCCUGUGCCCCGCCACCUACAUGUGGUCCGACCGUUUUCCCAUUAUGCCACCCCAGUCACUCUGCCUGGAGCCAUGCACCACCACAUCCCAGCACAAAUGAACCUGGGUGCCACAGUGACUGUUGCGGCUAAUGGCACUGAGGGACAAGCCCCACCCACCCAGCCAGCCAGCCAGUCAGAGCAGGCAGGUCAGGGACAGACCUCCCCCUCACAGACUUCCCCGUCCAAUCAGCAGGCUGGACAGGGACAGGCUGGCCCCCGGGUCAUCAGGAUCAGCCACCAGGCAGUCCCGGUGGUCAUGAUGCAGAUGAACACGGACGGCCCAGGUGCAAACCCUGCAGCAGCUGGUCAGCAAAUGCCUGGACAACCAGGUGCCCUCCCCCCUGACUUUAUGCGGAAUCUCAUGCAACAGAUCAGUCAAUAUGCCGCUGCUGUAGCUACUAGCGCUGCCACCGCCGCUGCCACUGGCCAACCUGUCCCACCUCAGCCCACCCCUCCUGGCUACAGCUCCACAGCCAACUCAUCAACUACCACCACAGGUCCUAACACACCAACCACCACUCCUACUGCUCCCCCACCACCACCCCAUGCUGGCCCCCAGCCCCAGGCAAGGGUCGUGUUCACCCGACCCCCCUUUGCACCCAACAUGCCCCCUCCAGCCUUUGGCACCCGGGGAACUACCAUCAAUGUGAGGGCUGCCAUGCCAGGCCAGCAGCCAGGACAGGCCUUCAACCCUGCUGCUCUCAACCAGAUGAUUAGCGGACUGGUUGGACAGCUUCUGCUGCCAGGACAAAUGGCUGGUCAAACAGUCACAUCCUCUUCAACCACAUCCACAUCCACGUCCACGUCCUCCCCAUCCUCCUCUCACACUUCUUCAUCCUCCACCUCCUUUUCUUUCUCCACCUCCGGUCCAACACCUCCACCUGCAGCAAAUACUGCUAGUCCACCAAGCCACCCUGAAACCAACACCAGUGAGCCCCAGUCCCAAGAGAUACCCCCAGACCUCAGCCAGCUCCUUGGUUCUCUCCUGGGGGUAGCCGGUGGGGCCGGUGCAGGUUCUGUUGGGGCACCUUCAAUCACUGUCACCACAUCUGGUGUCCCAGCCUUCAUCCAGGGAGUGAGUGACUUCAUGCAGCAGGCCUCCCAGCCUGUCUUCUCUCCACCGCCUCCUCCCUCUGGUACCACUCCAGCUCCUGGCGCAGGACCCAACACGACGCCUAACCCCCCCGGAGCAGCCGAAGCCCUCAACCCGGAGCUGUUCACAGGCAUCGUCCGUGGCGUCCUGAGCACCAUGAUGGGCUCUCUGGGCCAGGCCCAGAAUGAUACAGAGAGCAUUGCCCAGUUCAUGCAGAGACUGUCCCAGGCUACCAACCUAUUCAUCAGUCCUGAGGAUCCUACUGGGUUCUUUGGAGAGCUGCUGAUGCUGGUGUGCCAGACGUUCACCAUGUCAGACCUGGUGAUGCUGCUUCAUGGCCAGCACCAGCCUUUGGGCCGCAUCCAGCCUCAACUGUCCCAGUUCUUCACCCAGAACUACCUCAACGGCAGAGAGCCCACUGAUGAAAACAUUGCUGCUGCUGCUGAUAGUCUUGUCAAUGAACUGGAGGAGUACAUCACUGAGAGCUUUAGAGAAUCUUCAGUCACACUGUUGGAGGGCGUUGACGCCACUCAGACCAACAUGUCCUUCUUCAGGCAGCAGCUGACACACAUCGCCACACACAUUCUGCGUUGCACUGAUGAAUCAUUUGGGCCGCGGUUGCUACAGAUGUGUAACCAGGCGCUGUUCGAGUGUCUUGCCCUCAACCUGCACUGUCUGAGAGGAGACCAGAGAGCUCUAACUGCAGUCAUCAACCACCGGAUACGGAGGAUGUCGAGUGACAUCAGUCCCAGUCUGGUCAACUGGAUGACCAGCAUGAUGACAAUGAGGCUGCAGUUCAUUCUGGAGCACAUCCCCAUCACACAGGAGCAGAUCCAGAACUACAUUGUUCACACAGAGAGAGAUCAGUCUUCUGCAACUGGCACACAAGAGCCUGAACGAGCACAAAGUUCAACGAUCGGUGACAACCUCUCACCAGCCGCAGCCACUACAGCAGAGGAGGCCAUGUCGGUGUCACACGACACGAGGGCGUCGUCACAGGAAACGAGGGUGUUGCCCGGGGACCUGGGAGCCUCAGGAGGAGCCGCACCAUUAGGUGGCGACAUGGCGGCGGCAGGAGCCGAGGGAGUGAGUGAGGAGUCUGCUGGAGAGUCAGAGACCUGGGCUGCUGCUGUUCCCCCUGAAUGGGUGCCUAUCAUCAGGUGUGAUAUGAUGACCCAGAGGAAGAUGAAGGCUCAGCCUCCGUUGUCUGACGCCUAUUUGCAUGGCAUGCCGGCGAAACGCAGGAAGACAGGACAGGGUGGUGGAAGCCUCCUCUCCCUCUCUGAUGCAGUGAGUCAAGCAGCCAGGACAGCAGGAGUGAGGCCCAUCACCUCUGCUGAGCGGUUGCAGGAUGAGCUGGAGACACAGGAGCUGAAGGAAGCUUAUGCAGAACAGGUUAAAGCAGACAUCAAAAAACGAGUGAGGGACGACCCGGAUUUCAACUCUCAGCAGUUCCCAAACGCACACAGAGCCUUCUCAUCAGACUCAUAAUCAAGUCCACCUGAUAACAAACCUGCAAGCACUCUAGCUGUUUCCAUCAUCAUCUGUAUUAUUUUUCAGGUCUCCAUCUGACUACCACUCAGUGCAGCUUCACCCCCAAAACUGUAUACCUUUUGAGCAGUUAGCACCUCUCUUGACUAAUUGCCUAAUGCUAAUGUGACCACUUUUCCCAGUGCCUAUUUAUUGUGUUUAUUUUGGUCCAACUUUUGCUAAGAGAAUGUUCCUGAUUAAAAGGUAUUAUGUUAGAUUUAAGUUUGACUAAAUCCGGUCACUUUACUUCAGUUUGUACGUCUGUUUUUCUUUUGCCUUCUUAUCCUCGUGUUGCUUUGUUAAUAUGAGCGUGAAUUAUCACUAUUUAGACUUUUGCCUUCCUCUCAAUACUCGAGUGCAAGAGUAUACUUUCAUGUGAUGAACAUGCUGUUUGGUACAUGAAUGUACAGUAAGCUUAAUAAAAAUCUUGAUACAAUACAAGAGAGUACUCGUGAUGCAGUCUGGGUAAUGUCAGCUUUGAGAAGGACUGAAGGCAGAAAGAUAUUAUCAGCCGAUAUUAGCUUAUGACAUAUAUGUCAGUAUCGGUAUAUAUGUGUCAGCCAAUAAGUAUCAAGACACUGCAGUACAGAAAUGCCAAAGAUAAUGUAUGUUUGUGGUCAUUUAGAGACAGUGUUGCCAUUACAUAGUUUGUCCACCAGAGAGCACUGACAGUUACUUUUCAACUGAAAUGUUCACCUCAGUACAUAACUCACAAAUUUUUAUAACCAAAUUUAAGGGAUCUUUAUCAAAUCUUAACUCAUGUAUUGAUGAUAGAAGUUAAUUCCAGCCAGUACAUCUGUAUCAGAUUUCUAAAAAAACAUACAAUAUCAUUGGACUCGUAGUUGAAAGCACAUGGAAAAGGAAUGUUUCAUUUUUUAUACAGUUUGGGAAAUGUAUGUGAUGUCAGAAAUAUAUUAAAAAAACUGAAUUAUA